UUUCAAAAGGAUCGCUGCCCCGCAUCAUCGAUAAGAAACUCCUACUUUUGGACCCCGAACGAGGCUGACGGUGACUCAACUUUCCCCAGUCAUUUCUCGUCGCGCAAGGCUUGUUAAAAUCUAGGGGCAAUUACUCCCUGGCCUUGUCGACAACACACCGCGCGUGCCUUCUGCCCCCCCCACCUCCUCCCGCAUCCCGACCUUUUCUCUUCUUUCCGGUGCAACGCACGAAUAUCAGUAAUUGCUUGGAUUCAAUACGCGCGGAUUUGACGGAUCGCAAUGGUGCAGCAGGACGAGCGGGAAGUCGCCGAGCUGGUCACCAGCCUGGAGGCUGCCAGCAGGAAAGGCACAGCUCACGGGAAGAAGUCGGGGUUCAAGUGCAAGAAAUCUACCUUCGACGUUGAAAAAGCAGACAAAAUCCAGGUGCAUUCGUGGAAGUUCAUGGACUGGGAUUAUAAACGCGACGAUCUGCCGACCUAUGCGCGAGGGCUGUUUACCACUCAGAGGAAGGAUGGCACCCAGGAGAUUGCGGUUCGCGGAUACGACAAGUUCUUUAACGUGGACGAGGUGAAUGACACAAAGUGGAGGAACAUCGAGAUGAAUACUAGGGGUCCCUACGAGCUCAGUGUGAAGGAGAACGGAUGUAUCAUUUUCAUUUCUGGUCUUGAGGAUGGCACCUUGUUGGUCUGCAGCAAGCAUUCCACGGGUGUUCGGUCUGAUACAAACCUCAGCCAUGCUCAAGCUGGUGAACGCUGGGUCGAGCGACAUGUCAGUUCUGUUGGAAGAAAUGUAAAGGACUUGGCACGAGAGCUUCGCAGACUCAAUGUCACCGCAGUAGGCGAGCUCUGUGACGACACCUUCGAGGAGCAUGUCCUUGCUUACGACGAAAGCGCUUCGGGCAUCUAUCUGCAUGGACUCAACUUCAACGUGCCCCAAUUUGCCACGCAGCCUAGCUCGGAGGUACACAAGUUUGCGGAUGCAUGGGGAUUUAAGAAGGCCAAUUUUGUCGUGUAUGAAGACCUCGACCAGGUCAAGAAAUUCCUCGACAAUUGCGCCGAAACAGGCACCUGGGAUGGCCGGGAGACCGAGGGGUUUGUGGUCCGAUGCCACAUGGGCGAUAGAGGACGUCCCCCCUACCGGGAUUGGUUCUUCAAGUACAAGUUCGAAGAGCCCUACUUGAUGUACAGGCAAUGGCGGGAGUGCACGAAGGCAGUCAUUGCAGGAAAGGUUCCUAACAUCAAGAAGCACAAGAAGAUCACUGAGGAGUAUCUCCAUUACGCGCGAAGACAGCUCGCUAAAACCCCUGGUCUCGCACAACAGUACCAGCAAAACCACGGCAUCAUCUCUUUGAGAGAGGGUUUCUUGCAAGAGAGAGGCCUCAACGGAUCUGAGAUCAUCCAAAUGGAGUCUGACGAAGCCGGCGAUGUGACACACGACGUAAUUCUUGUCCCCGUUGCUUCCCUGGGCUGCGGCAAGACGACAGUGGCUUUGGCUCUUUGCAAAUUGUUUGGAUGGGGACAGGUCCAGAACGAUAACAUUCCGAAACAGAAGAACAAGCCAAAGAAAUUCUCCUUGGACAUUACAAACCUCCUUGCCCAACAUCCUGUGGUGAUAGCAGACCGGAACAACCACAUGCGACGCGAACGGCAGCAACUUAUAGACGAUGUGUCGGUUGUGAUUUCCAAAGCUCGCUAUGUCGCACUCCAGUACGUCCACGAACCUAAAGGACAAUUACUUCCUGGCAUCCGUGAGGUAACGCGGAGACGAGUCCUUGACCGUGGAGACAACCACCAGACCAUCCGGGCGGGAAGCAAGAAUCCGGAGGAGGUCAUCGGAAUCAUGGAAGGUUUCCUGAACCGGUUCGAGGCUGUUGACACCGACCGUGAGCCAGACUGCUACUUCGACCAAGUAAUUGACCUGGAUGUUGGUGCUUCCUCCCGGGAGAAUCUGGAGACAGUGGUGAAAGCGUUACAUUCAUUCUAUCCCAAGCUCGUGAAAGAAGUUCCGACAGCAGAGCAACUGGAUGACGCCAUCGACUGGUCGAUGAACGAAUACCAAGUGCAGCUGGAUUGGAGCCAUCAAUACGGAUCCCAGAAACCGAAGAACAAGAACAAGAACCAGAAUCAGAAUCCCGGCAGCCCUGCACCCACAGCCGGUCCCACCCCCGAAGACCUGGCCAAGAAGAUCGAGUAUUUCAACAUCUCCCUACCCGCUGCAGAGGUGAAAAGUAUCCUCGAAUCUUUGUUCCCUCCGUCUACAUCCCCCGAAAAAGCACGUCUCUACAGACAGCUCAUCAACAGCAGACGCGUGCAGCCCGCCUUCCAUGUGACGUUGAUCCACCGCGCCUCGAAAAAGGAACACCCCGGUAUCUGGGACGAAUACGUCCGCCAGUACGUCGAGAAAAUGAAGAGCAAGCCCGAGUCUGAUCCCACUAUCACCCCGACGUUGGCUCCGGCUCGCGUACGUCUUGAGCGUCUCAUAUGGGACAACCGUCUCAUGGCAUUUGUAGCACGGAUAUUCCCCCCAGAUGAUCAGAACUUAGCAGAAUGGCCGUGCGCAAACGAAAUACCCCAUGUCACUGUGGGAACUGCGUCUCCCGAUGUGAAGCCAAAAGAGAGCAACGAUCUGUUGAAGUGGUGGCAUGAAGUUGGCUCGGGAGGAGAAACGGGGCUUUGGGAAGCCGAGAUCCCAGGCGUGAAGGUCGUACAGGGAACAGUAGGUGUGGUGAUGAGUCGAGGCAAAUAAGUUAAUGACUGAUGACGACGAGUCAUGAGUGAUGAUUGCAAAGGAAAAGUACAUAGUAGUUAGUUAUCAUAGACAUGAAAGUCGCCUAGUUUGGCACCAU